GAAAAGAAAAAUAGUUUUCUACUUGUGAGAAUGGAUGAUCUAAUUGUUUCCCCAUCUUCAUCUUCUUCGAUUGUCCCCUUUCCCACUUCAAACACCCUCCAGCAAAAGCUCCGAAACCUUCUUCAAAACCAGCCUCAACAAUGGGCAUACGCCAUUUUCUGGCAGACCUUCACCGACGACUCAAACGGCUGUGUCUCCUUGUCCUGGGGAGACGGCCAUUUUCAAAACCUCAAGGAACUACAAGAAGACCCCAAAUGCAGGAAGUUUGCUCUCAAAGAUAUCCAGUGUCAUUUAGGACCAGACACCCAUGACGAUGCUGAAUGGUUCUACAUCAUCUCCUUGACCCGAUCGUUUACUCCUGGAGACGGGUCUGUUCCGGGUACAACUUUUGCUUCAAAUAAUAUGAUAUGGUUAGGUUCGGCGGAUCAGCUCCGGGGUUUUAAAUGCGAAAGAGCUAAUGAAGCUCAGAUCCAUGGGUUGGAGACGAUGGUUUGCAUUCCAACUUCAAGUGGUGUUGUGGAAAUGGGUUCGUACCAUGCCAUGCAGGAGUCUUGGGACUUGGCUCAUCAGGUUCAGAUUCUGUUUGGUGGUGGUUCUACACAGUUAAACAACUAUAAAGAUGGUCACCGCAGUGUUGUUUCUUUUGCUGAUAUGAUACUUAUGGCUGAUGAUGAUGAUGAGGAGGAGGAUGGUAUGAACAAUAUAGAGUUUGAUUCAACCACACCAGAUGACCAGCUGUCAAACAAUACAAGAAUGAUAUGCACCAACACAAAGAUUACAACGUUGACGACGGAUACUAACGCUGAGACUGAGUCUGAGCAUUCGGAUUCCGAUUGCCAGUUGGUUCUUUCCACAACGACCAAGCAUAAGAAGAGACAACAUAACAACAAGUUACCCAAUGUCAAAGGAAAAAAAUCAGGCGGCGGGUUUCAACCAAUGAACCACGUGGAGGCAGAACGACAACGGCGCGAGAAGCUCAACCAACGAUUCUAUGCCCUCCGAUCUGUUGUCCCAAAUGUUUCUAGGAUGGACAAGGCGUCUCUCCUAUCAGACGCUGUUUCCUAUAUCAACAAUCUUAAAGAAAAAGUCAGUUAUCUUGAAUCUCAAUUACACGGUCACAACAACCACCAAGGAAAAACAAAAAAAAUAAAGGUGGAAAUGGUUGAUUCAGUGGACAAUCACCAACAAAACAGCAACACUUGUGAUUUGCAUCUAUCUACUAAGCCAACAUUAGGUGUUAACAACAAAAAAACAAGAAAUAACACGAGUAGAAGUAAUACCAGUAACUUGAGGGAAGUGGAAGUGAAGAUUGUUGGCAAUAUUACAAUGAUACGGGUACAAUCGGGAAACACAGAUGUGCAGGCUGGAAAACUAAUGGAUGCUCUAAGAGAAAUGAAAGCACAAAUCCAACAUGCAAGCAUGUCGUGUGUGAAUGAGAUGAUGUUGCAAGAUGUGGUGGCUAGGAUCCCUGUUGCCAUGGAUGAAAAUGAGCUAAAAUCUGUGCUCAUUUGGAAAUUAGACCACUAAUCACAUAUAAAGUAAAUUAGAAGCGUGUGCUAUGUUUGAAUUGGAGUCGGAAUAAUGUUGUGCUAUUAUGAUUAUAGCACAUAUUUUGUGCAACAAUUAUGUUUGUGGCUAUAAAGAAAACUCAUAUUGGUUAAGAAAAUUAAGAAAUCCAAACGAAUGGACCUCAUUUUAUCACGUGUUAGACUUUUUUGCAGACUGUGUUACGUGUAACAACUAAAGGCUAUCACAUGUUACGUGUAACAAUUUUUGUAGAUUUUCACCUUUUUCUGAAAAAGUAAAAGUUGUUACCUAACACGUGGCGGCCUCUGAUUAUUACACGUAACACAAUCUACAAAAAGGUGUAACACGUGGCAAAAUGAGGUGCAUUCAUUAGGGUUUCUUAGUUUUCCUAACUAAUUUGGGUUUUCUUCCUAUCAUUGCCCAGUAUUUUAAUUUUAGUAAUAUUUUAUAUGUUAUUUAAUUUGAGUUUUAUUAAUAAA